CUCUCUCUCUCUCUUUCCCUUGGUAGCUGGAAUACCGGGUGAGAGUCCUGUUGCUGUCCUGACCUUGCCUGCGCCCUCCUCCUGUUUUUUACUCCACUCAACUCUUCUUCUCUUUCUGGUACUACACCAAGUAUGGAGAAUAACCAGCCCACUGAUCUCAAACCUGAACCAAACCAAGCACUCCCACCUGCAAAUAGCACUUCAACAUCACCUAAUCAGAAUGGCCCUGAAAAACAAAACAGUGAGAAAUCCUCUCCCAAGCCCCAGCCCCCAGAGAAUGAAACAAGUGCUCCGCCUGAAAUAACAGUUUGUGACAUAUCUGAAGAGCUGAGCCGACAGCUGGAGGACAUUAUUAAAACCUAUGGGUCUGCUGCUAGUCUAGUGGAGAAAGAGAGAGCUGCUAAAGGAACUGACAAGCCUGAGAAGGGAGAAUCGUUCAAUAACGAGGACGGAGACUAUGACGAUGCAAAUGACGAGAGUGAGAAAGAGCAGAUAGCUACCGGGGAUGCCUCGGGAGCAAAGGAAUCCAGCAUCAAUAAGGAGCAAAAACUGGAAAAGAAAAUCCUGAAAGGGCUAGGGAAGGAAGCCACGAUGCUGAUGCAAAGCUUGAACAAGCUGAGUACUCCAGAAGAGAAGCUGGACAUCUUAUUUAGGAAGUAUGCUGAGAUGCUGGAAGAACAUCGUGCUGAGCAGAAAAAGCUGAAGUAUCUACAGAAGAGACAAGCUCAGAUCGUCAAAGAGAAGGACCAGCUGCAGAGUGAGCACAGCAGAGCCAUCCUCGCCCGCAGCAAACUUGAGAGUCUCUGCCGGGAGCUCCAGAGACACAACAAAACCCUCAAGGAGGAAACUCUUCUACGGGCACGGGAGGAAGACGAGAAGAGAAAAGAGAUCACUAAUCAUUUCCAGGGCACACUGAGUGAUAUCCAGACUCAGAUUGAGCAGCAAAGUGAAAGGAACAUGAAACUAUGCCAGGAGAACACAGAGCUGGCCGAGAAACUGAAAAGCAUCAUUGAUCAGUAUGAACUCAGAGAGGAGCAACUUGAUAAAAUAUUUAAGCACAGAGAACUUCAACAGAAACUGGUGGAUGCCAAGUUGGAGCAGUCACAGGAAAUGAUGAAAGAAGCAGAGGAGCGACAUGAACGAGAAAAGGAAUAUCUACUGACUCAAGCUGCAGAAUGGAAGCUCCAGGCAAAAAUGCUGAAGGAACAGGAGACCGUACUACAGGCCCAGCUUACUCUCUAUUCUGAAAGGUUUGAAGAAUUUCAGAAAACACUGACAAAAAGCAAUGAGGUGUUCGCCAGUUUCAAACAGGAGAUGGAGAAAAUGACAAAGAAGAUGAAGAAGCUGGAAAAGGAUACAGCUACGUGGAAAGCCAGGUUUGAGAACUGUAAUAAAGCUCUAUUGGACAUGAUUGAAGAGAAAGCAAUGAGGGCUAAGGAAUACGAGUGCUUCGUGCUGAAAAUCCAGAGGCUAGAGAACCUUUGCAGAGCGCUGCAGGAAGAGAGGAAUGAACUGUACAAAAAAAUUAAAGAAGCAAAAUUCACUAAUGAGGAAGAGGAGGAUGAGGAGGAUCGAAAUGAUGACAUCUUGGGAAAAGAGGCUGAUGCAAGCCCUUCUGUUACUGAACAGGAUAGUGCAGAGCUGUCCAUUAUUGAUGAGAACAUCCUGAAGAAUCUAGCUGCAGCAUUCAUGGUAACCCAUCACGUGCAGGAUCCCCUCACAGUCUCCAGUGAGAACAGUAAUCCAGAGCCAGCUGACCUUCAAGCAUGCAGUCCUCUUUGUCUCACAGAGCCAGAGCUUCCUUCCCAUCCCACCCCUCAGCCAGAGGCAGGGAAUCCCUCUGGGCUGCUGAGUCUUGCUCUGAAAUCCACUGAAAAAUGUGAAGGAGCCCCAGCAGAGCAGCCUGCUCAAGAUCAGCCCACAGAGCAAACAGUAGAUGCUGACAUGGAAGGAGUAGAUUAAAUGUAACGCUGUUUUCUGGUUUGUCUUUCUACCAAUCACAGCUCCAUUUUCUCCCAAAAUUGAUUUUCUGAAACAAAACAAACAAAAAAAAAAUACGGCCUGAAAACAUGCUCAAAUGUGUUUUAUAGCAGUGUGUAAUGCAUCUUACCUCUUCACCACCACCACCACCACACUAAUAAUGGGUUUGCUAUUUUGGCUGUCCCUCACAUAUGCAAAGCAUAAUAUUUUCUUAAUGUCAGCAAAAUAUAACAAAAUUACAGGAUCUUCUUUCCAGGCAUAAUGAGUCAUCUCACUCAACAAAAUCCAGGCAAACUGUUGAGGUUUCAUGUUUUAAGAAUUGUUGCAAUACAGAUACACAUUUUUUAAAGCUAAAUAAUUAAACAUAUCAACUUGGCUUGAUGUUGCACAAAACAUGCCCUGUUUAGAGGCCAGGUGAGCUUAAUAAAUGAGGUGAUGAGGAUUUGUGAUCAUAGCAGAAGCAUUGAUAGGGUAAAUUGAAGCAAUUAAGAAGUACAAUAAUGGCAUAUUUUUGCAAAAGUUACCUGCACAAAUCACUAACUUGUUAUUGGAAAUUUUGUAUCUAAACACCCACACACAACUCCAAACAUCUACCCCUAAUUGCCAUCUCUGUUCAGUGCUGUGAUUAUGUCAUUGCUUUCAACAGAACCAUAAUGAAAGGGAAAAUUUCUUCGCGAGAUGCCUCAUAAUAUUGCUGUUUUAAUCUUUAGGGACAGAUCCUGGCUUUUAAGCAAUAGAGACUGUGUCUCAGGCAAGUAUACUCUCUUACCAUAUUUGUCUUUGUGCACAGGUGGUGUACAGUCUGCUCUGUCCACAGAUUGCUCCCAGAAGCAUAAGCCCUGGUGUUUAAGCUGUUGCAGUCAGGAAUGGGAACUUGGCUAUCCUGCUUCCUCUUCACUCCCUUUUUGGUAUCCUGCUCCCCAGAGUGGAACAAAAGCAAACAAUCCCUGUGCUUCCCUGAUUGCCAGGAAUGCAGAACAUGGGAGAGAAAGGGUUGCUUGUGCUCCCCUACCCUUCUGCAAGCCCACCCAAGGGCCCCUCACACUCUGGUCCUUACUACUUUAGCCAGCUUCUGUGUGUCAUCCAGAGGUGAAAGUAAGCCGGUACGGUCUGGUACGGCAUACCAACAAGAGCCAGUACACCGUGCCGGUCCGCACCAGCUUCCAUGGUGGGGAUUUAAAGGGCUCUGGGCUCCCCACCACAGCAGGCAGCCCAGAGCCCUUUGAAUCCCGCCCGCGAUUCCAGUGACUGGGCUGGGGCCGGAUUUAAAGGGCUCAGAGCUCCCGCGACUGUGGGAAGCUCAGAGCCCUUUAAAUCCUGCCCACGGCUCUGGUGAACAGGCUGGAGCCGGGAUUUAAAGGGCUCAGAGCUCCCCACAGCGGCAGGAGCUCCAGGCCCUUUAAAUCCCAGCCCGGCAAGGCUCGGGGUUCCCUGCAGCCGCGGGAGCUCUGGGUGCUUUAAAUCUCACCUGCAAGCUCUGGCAGCUGGAGCUGCAGGCGGGAUUUAAAGGGCCCAGAGCUCCAUGUUGGCCGGCACUCCAGGCCCUUUAAUUUGCCCCUGAGCCCUAGAGGCUCCCAGCCACCUCUGCAGCUGGGAGCCCCGGGUUGAUUUAAAGGCCCUGAGCCUCCCAGCCACAGCUGGUGCACCAGGGCCUUUAAAUCUUGAGGCCAUGCCUCUUCCAAUUGAGGCCACACCUCUUCCUGAUGAGGCCAUGCCCCCCUCAGGACUCCAGCAGUACCGAUAAAUCCUGUAAGUUACUUUCACCCUGGUGUCAUCCACUUGUUUUUAGCAUCAUGAGCCAAAGUGGGAGCUUGUAGGGCAUUCAGCAGGAAAUGUCAGGAGUUUUGUUUGGCAGAGAGUCCUAAUCUGCCUGCCUGCCCACUGCUAGAAUCCCUUUCUCAUCUCCAGCAUGCAUCUGCUGCACUUAAUCCAGUGGGCAAGGAGUCCCAGUGGGCCAGUCUGUAUUCUACUCUGGUUCUAUGACUCUCUGGGGAUAUUAGUUGGCAGUUCCUCCAGGGAGCAAUGAGCACAGGCAUGUAUUUGGUACGGUUCAUGGAAUCCCAUGACACCUAUCCUAUCUAUGGCAAGAAGGAGAUCCUGGGUCACAUCUAUGUAGAGUAUGUCAGGUUGAAGCCAUUCUUCUGGCUCCUUCAGAAUAUCUUACUGAGGUUCUGGUUGCACUUUUCCCUUCACCUGUUUGUCCUUGCACAUCUUAUCCAUGGCUGCACGAUGUCGCGAGAUCUCCCCGUCAACCUACUCCUGGUACUGGCCAAAAUGGCCACCACUAAACCAGGAGGAGAAAUCUUGAUGGUGCAGGAGAGGCACUUUGCAACUGUGGGGCCUAUUUCUGUCCCCUCAUCAAAUCAAAUCACUGGAUAGAGUUCUGUGGGUGGUGUCCACUGGCUCCUCAGACUUGAGGGGGGGAGGGAUAGCUCAGUGGUUUGAGCAUUGGCCUGCUAAACCCAGGGUUGUGAGCUCAAUCCUUGAGGGGAUCACUUAGGGAUCUGGAGCAAAAAUUGGUCCUGCCUAGUGAAGGCAGGGGGCUGGACUCAAUGACCUUUCAAGGUCCCUUCCAGUUCUAGGAGAUUGGUAUAUCUCCUAUUAUUAUUUAUCUUUAAGGAGUGAUGGACACUGUCAAGGGUUCUCUGCUUUGUGUCCCCUUCUGGAUCCCUGAUUUUUAACCUUUGACCUUCACUCCCAUUCCUGUUUUCUAAUUCAUUUUCCCACGUAAUCAUUUGUGGCCUGGGCUUAGUUGUUCCUCCCCCACCGGGGGCAGGCCUUUAGCUACGGUUUUGACUAGGCCUGCUGUUUUUAAGAACAUAAGAAUGGCCAUACUGGGUCAGAUCAAAGGUCCAUCUAGUCCAGUAUCCUGUCUUCUGACAGUGGCCUAUGCCAGGUGCCCCAGAGGGAAUGAACAGAACAGGUAAUCAUCAAGUGAUCCAUCCCCUGUCACCCAUUCCCAGCUUCUGGCUACCACAAUAGGUACACUUAAUCCAGGGCCCACCAAUCCCAGUAUCCACAAUAGGUAUACUCAGUCCAGGCCUUCAUGCUACCAGUUCCUGGUCUGACUAUCUCAAGACUGUGAAAAAGCUACUAAUAUGAGAACAGAUAUCCAGAAGUUAGAAAGAGAAAUGUUACACACAAACAAACCCAGCCACACACACGAACACUGAGAAACCUUCAAAUGCUCUAGAAAAUCAUACAUGCAGAUUUAAAUUGAAAUGUUGGUGACCUAGGGGGAAAGAUGUCAUUUGUCGGAUACUGUGAUCACAAAAUUCUUGUUGCAUUUCACCCAAAAAUGAGUCUCCAUUUUUAAUCCUCAUUCAUUCCCGAAGAGAUAAUUCAGCCCAGUUAACACAAUAUAAUUGUUUUCAUUAUUUGCACUGUUUGGUACAAUCUUUUGGUAAGUUAUCUGUUGCAGUAUUCACAGUAUGAUUUUGACAUUUGUUUGUUCUGGGGUUGGACUUAUCCAUUAUGGCUAAAAUUUUCAAAUUUAGAUGCCUAAAGUUAGAUACGUCCUUUUAUAUUUAAGCACCUAAAUGUUGGUAAUCUCCACAGAAAAUCGGGUCACUUAGGUGCCUAGAAUUGAAACUUUUAGCCUAUAAAUUAAUUGUUUCAAUUGCUGAAAAUCUAUAUUCAUGUGGUUUACUUUCUUUAGGUUCCAGUGAUUUUAUGUCUAUAGAAGCUGAGUAUACAUUUGAAGCAUAUAGUUUUGCUUGUUAUUAGAAUGUUUUUAAAUUAAAAUAGCAUGAGUCAUAUAUACAGUAAAUCUCUUUCUGCUCUGAUGAUUUGUGAAUUUUUCAGUUUAGGUUUGUUUGAGGUUUUGUUUUGUUUUGAGGUUUUAGGCUUUGAUUUGGUUUGGUUUGGGGUUUUUUGUUUGUUUGUUUUCGUUUUUUGUCAUUUUAAUACCUGUCUUUGUUUUAUAAUGUCUUCACCACAGCUCCAUCUAAGUUCCUUACAAACUUAAAUAUUCAAUUACAUCUCCAAAAACUACAUUAAAAGAACAUUCAGUUUACAAAGUCAUGAAUUCUGAAGGAAGGAAAUGCCAGAAUUAACAUCGCUCAUGUAACCAACAGACAACAGCCUCAUCCUCUACACCACCCUGACUCAUUCUCAGCACACACCCAUCCUGUGCACUGAGUGAGGUAGGGGUCCUGUGGAAAAUUAGUACGUCAUUAGUAUGCCACUUUUGCUCAUGCCUCUCUUCCCAUCCCAGCUCUUGCUCCUAACUCCCUUCCCCUUCCCCAAGUCUCCCAAUUCCCUCCUCUCCCUCAGGCUCCUGCACCUGUCUUCCAACCAUGCAGCUCUUCACCUACCACCCCACACCACGUAGGCCAGACGGUGAGGCCCAUUAUUGUGCUUAGAAAAUGAGUUUCAUUCCGGCACUAGGUGCACCAUUUACUCUCAGCAUAUUUAUACAGCCAAUAACCCGAGAGGUCUUGUACUAAAAGUUCUCUGCAAGAAACCCUACAGUUUUCUGUCAUGGCACAAAGUUACCAAUUUUGACACCAUACCGAAAAGAGUUCUUAUCCCUAAUUUCAUUAAUACUUGCCCUGUAAAGUCCCAAAUUGACUGCCAAUGAUUGAAAUGUAUAUGGAAGUAUAUUACAGGCAAGGCGGAAUGGACUGAGGAACUUAGAACUCAUACACACAUAAAAAUAUUGCAAAUAGCCAAUUUGGGUGAAAAAUCUUUUAUUUUUAGUAGUUGUGGAUAAUAAAAUGUGCUAAAGAAUUACAAAUUCUUGCCUUACUGGGGUGUUCAUGCAUUAAUCUUUUCUAACAUCAGUCUAACAGAUAAUGUGCAAUAAGCUACCAUGACUAGCUUUUGGUAGUAAGUAUAGGUCAAAGUAUUACCCCAUCCCUAUCAUUUAUUUUUCUUGGCAAUACUCACCUUUCACUGUAGGCUGAAUUAUUUUACCAUUUACCCUCAUGAGAAGUGUUUGUGCACCAGCCUAACUAUGUGAAAUGAUAGAAAAAUGCAUCAAAUAUAUAAAAUUUAUGAAAAUGCUUAAAAUGUAAUUAUUUUCCUUGGCAACGAACAUGUUUUCUUCAGCCACAGCACUGAACCAAGUAAAACACAAACCUUUUGACUGGACUCCCCUUUAUUUCUUAUUCAAAUAUUUAUAAGUGGCAGUUUUUCUGGAUUGGUAUGAACUGACAUGAUUGUUGAUAUCAGUUAAAAUUGUAUUUUCUAUUUCAAGUCCAGUGUUUGUUAUGAAUUAUGUAUAUUGCUGUUGGCCCUGUAGUGCUUAUUCCCUGAGUAAAAUACAUUUUCAUUUCCCAGUCUGGCAUCCUACUCACCACAAUCACUCUUGCCGGACAAGUCAUCAUUGUGAAUAACAGGUUCAGCAGCUUUUUUGUCAAUGCUCUCACACAUCUGACACAAGCAUGGGCAGGAAAUCCCAGUAGUAAGGCAGGAACAAUGGAAAAUCACCCUGUUUGGCAUUUCAUAUGCUUGCAGGCAUGAAGCACUGCAACAUACAAUCUGGUGCUGGAUUUCUUGCCAUCCAGGUGAUGGCAAGCCCUUUGUUUUCUAAAUGCUAUCCAGGGCCAACGGGGGAAUGAGCAUUCAUCCUGUCAACAAGAGAGUGCCUCAUUAUAGCAGCCUGGUAAUUUGCCCACUUGCUGUGUUGAUGUAGAGCAUUACAUGUUUGUGGCAUGCUCAGUUUAGGUAGUGAAGGUGAAGCUAGGCAGAACACGUUGUAUCAGGCAUCACUGACAUCCUAAGGUGAAGCUUGGCCAUACAGAUGGCACACACAUUUCUCAAGCACAAGGAAAGUUGAGUCUUGAAGCAUAAAGUCUUUCCCACGGUCUGUGAAAGCAUCCAGAAACUCUUCACUCUGCAAAGCCACAGCAAAUGCCUUUCUCUUUCCCUUCCCCUAGAAGGCACUUGUAGAAUCACAUCCUGUGAAUGUGUAGAGUCCAAUAAAGGGGAUACUUACCUUCGGGCCUAGAGUUGAAGUGACUUUCUCCAAAUCAAUAGUGUGGCUUUGAUUCCCAGCACAACUGAAGAAAUGUGAAUUGACUGGCAGUUGUGACUUAAGAUUGAUGCCUAUGACUGUAACAUCUGUACUGGGUUCCUAAUUAUCACAACUUGGUAGUCUUUGGCAGCCUGUUUCACAUGAAGAAAUAUACAUGAGUCACAUUCCUCAUGGUCCCAGUUUAAUUCAUCAACAGUUGUGACUAUCACUGAACCCUUCUGCACAGCCAGGCAGCAACACUCUUCUCUAGGGUUUAUGCAGAGAACGAUGUCCUUCCCUACAGCUUGCAAAUCUGCAUCCCUUCACAUCAUGUACAAGAAUGUCUGAAGUGCUUCCUUAUUGUUGCCAUAAGAAAGAAUCUUCUUCUACUGACUGGGUGUUUUCUGGUCCUUUCCAUAGAUUUGUACCACUUGGGAGCCACCUGCUGCUCAGUGACUGUACCACAUUUUUGAUGCUCUCACUUGGUUACUGAUCUGUGACAAAGUCCAAAGAAAGUACAUUUGUACUUUCUUGCAAGCUUAAUUAUGUACAUUAAAAUGGCAUCUGCAAGCUCACCCAAUGUUGAAAGAACAUCACGUAAUGCUUGGAUGACAGCCAUUCCAUCAAAGAUUAUUGCACUAUUCUCUGUAAUGUGGUCAGUAAGGCAGUCUCCACCUUUGGAUUGAAGAUUGAGUAGAGUUGAUUUGUUGGUUUUUGCCAGACCAUCAGCAGCACUAGCAAGAGGGUAGGAAACUGCUGCCAAGGAGUAGGACAAGAUUUCCCAGAGAUUGAGGCUAGAUGUAUAUAACAGUGCAAACCAGUUUAUUAAACUGGAUUUCUUUUGAAUCUUAGAUGAUUGACAAGGGAUUUCCUGAUCUUCAUGACCAUUCUUGAGCAUGGCCAUACUGGUUGAAUACAUGUAACUGGUCAAAUUCAAAGCCUCCAAGCUUUACUACUCUCUCUUUUUAUGUGGUGCAAGUGGCUUAGUACUGGGCUAACUUUUCAAUACUUGCACACUGGAUGCUAAAAAAUGAAGGGGGAAAAAAACCCAAGAUCUAGGAGACAGCAUGAAGCCACUUCCUGAAAAUCUGCAUGGUUGAAAAUGUUUAUUGCUGUACUUGCAAUGUUCCAUAAAUAUUAAUCGUUGCUACAAAAAUGUGGUGGUUCUAGAUACAAGCACCUUUUGUUGUGUUCCUACACUGUCUUCUUUUUAUUUGAUAUUAAAUGUAUCAUCAUUUGAGACAUCAAAAUCUCCCCAUAAGAUGUAAAGACUUUACGUGCUAUUUUCUACAACACUGCCACUAAGAAAAAUAUGCUGUUUGCCAUGAUAAGAUAUGUGACUAUGACUAUUUAGGAAAAAAUUAAUUUUAAGUAUUAUGCAUUUAUCAUCCAAAUACUUUGCCUGGAGUGAAAAUGGAACACAUUAAUAGUGAUACUGAACCAUGAGUAUUGAUGAUGAUAAUACAAAUUGGGAGUGAGGUAAUGUUUUGCACCCCUAAUUUUACCAAAAUAGAGAUAUGGCUAAUUAUUGCACAUAAUCUGUUUGCAUGAUAAAUGAGAAAAAUGUUGGUGUAUAUUAUGCACUAGAUGGACCGGACUUCUGGGCCUUAUAAACAAUUUCAGGCAUAAUUCAAGGGUUUGAGGGAUUUUUUUGAGUAUUUUAAGCAUUUUUUCACCCAUGUGUCAUUUAUAAGCUGCAUUAUGCUUUCACUGAUAAUUUCAAGACAUUUUUGAAUACACUGCAAUUAUUUUUAACCAUCUUGGGCCCAGAUUAGGCAAAUAUUCAGGAAAUUAUAGGCAAAAAUUCUUUAAUCAGCAUGGUGUCACAAACCAUUGCCAGUCACGUAACUUUGGAUGUGCCAUGACAAACACUUCAGGGUUUCUUGCAGAGAACUUUUAACACAAGCUCUCUUGUGGGGGGAGGGAUAGCUUAGUGGUUUGAGCACUGACCUAUUAAACCCAGGGUUGAGAGUUCAGUCCUUGAGGGGGCCAUUUAGGGAACUGGGGUAAAAAUCUGGGGAUUAAGCAGAGGGUUGGACUAGAUGACCUCCUGAGGUCCCUUCCAACCCUGAUAUUCUAUGAUUCUAUGUUACUGUCUACAUCAAAUUGCAUAGACUAUGUAGCGCCCCUCUUGCUGAAAUGGCAUGGCAUAAUAAUGGACCUCACCCAUAUGGCCUACCAUAGUUACUCACCUGUCUGCUUCCUCCUUCUCCUCCACACUGCUUGGGUGCUAGCCGAGGGGAGCACUCAGAACACAGAAGAGACAAUCUCCCUCACAGUUAAGGCAACCAGCACCACAGUGGCCUGCAGUAAAUGGGAGGAGGAGCUGCUAUGGAAAUCCUGGCUUAGCCCCUGUAGCUCCAGGAUGGAGCAUGCUCAGUCACUGUGUGGGGAUGGCCCACAUGCAUAGUCCAGUCUCAUGUAGGAACUGUGUGGAGUAGAGCAAACUCAAUGAAGACAAAAUCUUCAGCAAAUUUAGUUGACAAACUAAGAAGCCUUCUCUGAGCAUGUGUAAGCUGAAAUUUUUCAGAGGCUUAUAACUUGGCCAAAUUUGGUCAGAUUUUCCCCAGGGAUGGCAAAAGACGUAUAUCUCUGGUGCUCACAAUACCCCAGCCAAAUUUCAAGUCCCUGCUCCCAGAGUUGCUACAUCUUCUCAAGGAAACAAGUUGUACACAAUUUUUUAACAUGGAUAAAAUAAUGUAUUUUUCCCUAACCUCAUUCUCAGAAUGAGCUGAACCGUUUUAUCUGAAACUUCCCACAAAAAGUUAGUCUGAGGCAGAUACCCUGCAGGAAAAUUUCUGCCCAAACGUUUAGCCAAACUAUAAGCAACUGAAAACAGGAUCUUAUAACAGCAAGCGCUGGGCAACCUUAACUAUUGGUGUCACUGCCCGCACUAUCUAUAAUACUCUCUAGGGUUGCCACCUGUCUAGCUUUUCCCAGGAUCUUCACUUUUUUGAGGUAGCUGUCCCAGGAUAUCCGUAAGAGUGCUCAGUACACACUGCCAGCUGUCCAGUUUCAUGAGCUCAGGACCAUCUCAGAUGUCCCAGUUUUUCGUACUUCAAAGAUGGCAAACCUAAGGAACUAGUCUCUCUCCCUCUCUCUCCCUCCCACCUCCACCUCCUAAUAAUCACAUCAAUUUAACGCUAGGCCAGAUUCUUCCCUGGUAUAUUUAUGCACAGCUCCUAUUAUACUGCAAUCAGUGAGCACUGCAUAUGCACUCAUGGGACCAAAUUUAAUGCUGAUUUACCCUUUGAAAUGAAUGGCAUUGCACAGUAUGUACAUCAGUGCUCAAUUUGGCCCUUGGUGUUUAUUUUAAAAGUUUGUUUAAGAAACGAUACCAUCAAUCAUGGUAUUUAUACCCUAUCUAUCCCUUCAUGUUGUCCUUUAUUUAUACUGGCAUGUGUUUGAUUCUCAACACUUUAAAUACACUUCCUUUACUUAGACAUGGAGCAAAUAUUAGAUAUGAUUUGUUCGGUUCCCUUUUUAUGCCUCUUUUCCAUUUAGCACAAGAGCUGUGAAGUCUUGUACUGUCCUAAACUGCUAGUAAUUCCUACCCUUGAUGCUCAGCAAGGGUGGCACACCCUGAUUUCCGAAAACGAUGCUCCAAAACAAAGUGCACGAAGAGUUAGGGUUUCCAUCCCUGACAGAGAAAAUUGCCUUCCUGCCAGCAGCACAAUGAACACUUUCAGAGGACACUGAAAUUUCAUAGGCCUCCAUCCUCCCCGUUUCUACAUCCUGAGUGGGAAGGCAAAGCAGGUUCUGGGCUAUGUGCUGAAGGGGCUGUCCAUAAAUUAUGGAAUGCACUAAGAGGUGUGGGUGUCCUUAAUUUUGCAUGUUUGUUUCAGUGUUCCAAGGGGUGGGUGGGUUUUGAAAAUCACAAAACAUAAAUGUGUUAUGUAAUUUAUGGAGAGCUGCAAAGGGAAAAAGGCAACUCUAUCGAAGCAAGUCUGUCACAGCAGCCAAUGCACUCCCUAUUCACAUGGAUGAGGGGCCAUGCAAGAAAAGAGUGUGAAGAGCCAGAAGGCUGCAGAGUCAGGAAAUGGUUGCUGUAUAUUGAGGCCCUGACCAAAUCUGCAUCACAAUAGAUGGAGGUUUAAAGUGAAUGCUUCUUGAAACAGCAGUAAACUCCCCUUGAUACUCUUUGCCCCUAUUCAGCGUGGUCACAGAGUGCAGUCAUGCCUUACAUAGCAACGGAGGUUAUACUGCCAGUUCUGGAGGCCUGUAUAGGAUAAAGAGUUCCUGCAUUUGCACGGGGCGGCUGAGCUUUCCCCCCCUGCACAUGUGCUUUGAGGCUAGUCUCUCUUAAUAUCCCAUUGGAAAUUUUAUCUCCAUGCAAUAGUCUGUCUGCUAAUCCUUACCAAAAUAAAAUACAAUAAAAAAGCUAGACUACAAGUCUACACCUGA